AUGAACCUGGGUGAUGUAUCUGAAGAAUUACAAGAGCUUACUGUAAUAGAAAAGAUCAACUUCAUUCCUGCACCUCUUCCAUCUUCUAAUAAAGAAAGUGUUAUUGCUGAUACUCUUGAUCAAAUGCAACCUAGUAAUAUUCCUAUUAUGUGGCUAAAUAUAGAUGGAAAUCUUAUUAAUGUGUUCCAAACUUCUAA